AUGCCCAACACCUAUGGGUACGUGCAGGACGCGUAUAUACACGGUACCCAUCCCAGUACCGUCUCCGUGGCCGCUCCACCGCAGUACUCGCAUUACACCCCUUUGCGCUUCGCUUCUUCCACAGACAUACCUGUCAAGUACCCCGCACACAUGCAGUACCAUGCGAACAGCUCACCGCCGCCAAUAUCAGACACUGAAAACAUCCCACCCGUGACUGCAUUGCGGCCAAACGACGCACCAGAGCAGAGGUCAAAGAAACGAAAGUCAGAUAGAGAACACCUUGACGAAUUCGGAAAGCGACCAAGACAAACCGUAUCGCCACUCAGCCCCAGGGUUCAGUUUGCAAUGCAAGGUCACGCCCGAACCUACAGCGAGCCUCAGCAUGGAACCCAACACAACCCGGUCGAGAUACUAUCGAGCCCAGAGCCAGAGCAAACACAGAGCAUACGAAGGAAACAAAUGACGAGGCCAACACAAUCGGUCCUGCUGCAAGAUCUGCGUAACGCUGGACUAUACGUUCAGGCGCUCAAUCCUUCCGCAAGGAAUAUCGCAUACUACGCAGUAGCAGGCGGAAAAGUUCCCGGUAUCUACACAAACUACGAUAACGUUGUCGAACAAAUCAAAGGCUACAGUGGUUGUUUGCAAAAGAAGUUCCGCACCAAAGACGAGGCAUGGGAUUUCAUGAACGCCAACAGAACCUAUGUUGAAACAGCGCUCCGGCGCCAAAGAGAAGAAGCACAGGAGCCCCACAGGCAUUCUUCAACAUGCGAUACACGUACGGCUCAGCGUACACCUUCACCUCCUCCAAUGUACACUUACCCGUUUCUAACACCACCAACCGAGCGUUCACAUGUAUCCGCGAACUACGGCCCGUCACCAUCUAACCCACGAUAUGUUGCAGAGCAGCCACAGCUUGCAACAAGUUCUCCAAGAUCGAACACUACCCCGAACAAAGACGUUCCUGAACCCGAAAUUAACUUGAGCGCCGAACAGCAGCGGGUGGUAGACCUCAUCGUGGAAGGUGGAAAGAAUGUCUUCUACACUGGGUCCGCAGGAUGUGGAAAAUCUACCAUCUUAAAGGCUUUCGUCCCACUUCUUAAACUGAAAGGAAAAAAGGUUCGGAUCGUGGCGCCAACAAAUCUUGCCGCGCUCAACGUUGGUGGUCAAACAACGUGGAAUUUCGCUGGUUGGACGCCUGACAGCAUGAAAAAGCCGUUAGACAAACUGAAGGCGGCUGCUAAUGGCAAAGAGAUUUGGAAAAAGUUCGACGCCACCGAUGUGCUUGUCAUUGACGAGAUCAGCAUGAUUGAGAAUCUUCAAUUCGAGCGAUUGAACGAAGUCAUGAAGGCAAGUCGCGCAGGCAAGGCCACUGGUCCGUUUGGCGGCGUCCAGAUCAUUGUUACGGGAGACUUCUGUCAACUUUCACCUGUGAAGCCUUUCCAGCAUUGUAUGGGAUGCGGAUGGGAGCUCAUUAAAGAAGUUAGAAAUAGCAUUGUACAGCAUACUUGCGAAAACAAAAAAUGUCGCUACGAUUUCUGGCCAGCUACCGACAAGUGGGCUUUCCGUAGCAAAGCGUGGCAGGAAUGCAACUUUGAACACAUCAACCUUACGGAAAUCCAUAGGCAAGACGACAGGAAAUUCAUCUCUAUUCUUCAAAAGAUUCGCAGAGGUACAGUCUCCCUUUACGGUGAAAUCGUCCCACCCCACGCAAAAAUUCUCCUCAAUCAUACAAAAGAGACCGAGGGCGCCAUCCGUAUAUUCUCAAAACGUUGGGAUGUAGACCGUGUAAACAAGGAGAACAUUGCGAGGCUUCCUUCAGAGCAACUCGCCUUCAAGUGCUUGGAUGACUUCAAAUGGAACGAUUACGAGGAUAAGACGUUGGAGAAGUAUAGUGAACAGGCGGAAGACGGUAAUUUGAAACAAUUGAAAGAUCACCGCUACGAAGCUAUCGUGCAUCUGAAGGAGGGCAUGCGCGUGGUAUUACAAGCCAAUCUCGAACCCGAAGCCGGUCUCGUGAACGGCUCCCAAGGCUUGAUCGUCGGUUUUGAGCCGUUCGAUCUUAACAGGCUUCCCCGCGCGGCAGAGGGCAAAGAUGAUCCAGGUGAUCUCAGAGGUACCCAUGCUAAAUACGCCCAGGGGCAGAUCAAAAGAUACGCCGACUCGAACCACCGUCAGCCAUGGCCAAUUGUCGAAUUUGACAACGGCCGCACGAAGACUAUCUACGCAGAUUGUCCUUGUAACGAACUCGGAAACGUUGGCGAGAAUGGAGACGAAAGCAAGCUUAGCCUACUGUCGCGGGCGCAGAUCCCACUUGUCGCAGGCUAUGCUAUCACUGUGCACAAGUCACAGGGCAUGACGCUGGAUCGCGUCAUUGUCGAUCUGCGAGAUGCUUUUGAGGCAAGCCAACUAUACGUUGCUCUCAGUAGAGCACGCUCGCUCAAAGGUCUCGAAGUCGUGGCGCUUCCGAGAAGACACCUCGGUGGUGCCAAUCCACAAGUGAAGGAGUUUUUCCGUACAUAUCUCGACCCGAAACAGCCAUGUCCGUCGUCCCAGAUGCCACAAGCAUCACUGGUUUCUCAGUCGCCACAGUCUUGA